CGUAAAACAACUUCCUGUUUGGGUCCCCAUCAAGUGGACCGUUGUUGUCCCUUUCAGCCUCUUGGAAUCAACAUCUAAGGAUGCUACAUCCUCUGUAAUGCACCCUUGAAUCUUCAGCUGGACCAUAUCCAUUUUUGCACGUAUAUUUCAUUUCUGGGAGAAGAACAAACCAAAGGGUAAGGCCAGCUAGCUAGCUAGAUAGCUACUAGUACCAGCUAGCUUGCUGGUCAACUAGAAAUGGCGUUUCAAAAAGCUAGCUAUCGUGCUAAGUGACGUGCUAGCUAACUGUCUGUCAUACAGACAUUUCAAAGGAUUUGGUCAGGCCGCAGUCCGUAGUUGGCUUGCUACUCGCUGAAUACUGCUUGGAAUUGCAUUUAUGGGCUUUAUUUCGGUAAACAUUACGGACAGUAAGCGCACCAACAUAACUAGCUAGCUAACUUGGAUUGCUAGCCAGCCAGCUCGAGACAUAGCCAGCUAUUUUUGUUAAUAUUCCAACCAUCCAAGGUCUAUUUUGGUUUCAUUGGUGAAAAUACUACUGUAGGUAUUAGUAAGUGGUCCUCAUCUGGAGAGUGGAGAUGCUCCUUUUAUUUUUUAUCACAUGAUAACGUCACGAACAUUCGUUCUAUUUUAAUUCAAGGAAGAAGACCAUCAAGAUUUCCUGGGGUAUAGUUAAAAAGAAGCCUAUAUGUGGCUACAUGGAUAACCAUUUAUUUUAGGACCUCUUCUCUUAAUAGAUCAAGUAAAACUUGCUUGCCAUUGUAUUAUUGUUGUGAAAGGGAAUCCCAAACUAUAUUGUGUAACCAGUUAGUUGGGUCAGCUGAUAUUUUAUCUUUGAAUGAUGCUUUUUUUGUAUAUUUUCCAGCCAAAUGAACGGAGCAGCAUUCCCCUCUCCCACUGCAGAGAUGGCGGAGAUGAACCGCAUCCACUACGAGCUGGAGUACACGGAGGGCAUCAGCCAGCGCAUGAGGAUUCCAGAGAUGCUCAAAAUGGGCCCCUACGGUCAUGACAACCCUGAGGCAGGCUCACAUGACCUGCACAACGUCAUGAUGCAGGUCCCAGAGAGGAUCGUAAUGUCCGGUAGCUACGUUGGUCCUCCAUAGGGUCUCUGUAGUGUUGAUACUCCUGGGCCAUGUUCAUUAGGCUCAAAACGGGAUAAAUUGUUUUUAAAUGGAUGAGGUUCUCCCUAACCCUAGUUUCAUUUUCCAUUGCAAACUGUUUUAGGUUUCAAGUCUUACUAAACAUAACCCAGAAUUGGCCCUUUUGUGACACCCUGCCUGACUGCUUUUCUCAGGAGACAGUGAGGACUCCCUGUUCCCCAGACCCAGAGACCUGGACCUGAUCCAGUCCACCCCGCUAGAGAGCCUGUCCCUGAAGACCCCUCCUCGGGUCCUCACCCUCAAUGAGCAGCCACUGGACUUCAUGGAAAUGGAGCGCAGUGCAGCCUCAACCCAGCCCAGUGAGGAGGUAAGGUAUUGGGGUCUAGAGAUGGACAGAGAUAGUACUGAUGGAAUGAUGUGAUGGACCAGGCAUGUGUGAACAAGCGGUAUCAAACCCUGGUCACCCAAGCAACUCAAUACUGUGCUAGCCCUCUGAGCUAAAUCCUAGACAUUAGUUCUGUGAGCUUACACAAAUGUUCAGAUCUCUGGCAAAGCCAUUUGUCUUGUGAACAUAGUUCAUAGAACCACCUCCUCUACACUGACAAUGGGGAGUUUAUUUGAAAGUGACAGUCAGUAUUUUACAGGAAGAGGAUAUCAGUAUUUACCUAUUCUCCCCCUCAUAGGUGCGUUCGCAAGGGCGGUUGCGGCGGGAACGUUCAGCCAGCGAGAACACCACUGUCCGUCACAAUAGUCAGAUUGCAAGAAACGAUUCAACGUAAGUAGCCUAUCAACUGUGGUCCACACCCCUGUAGUGCCAUGCACAAUCCACCACCACCACACCCCUCUCCUCUUCCGUAAGCCUGUCCUUCUUUCCUCCUUCCAUCUGACCAGUGGUUUUCCCCGUCUGCCGUCCUGUUUGUCCAUCUCUCACUCUCUGUUCAUUUGUUCUGAUAAUGACUUGGCUGUAGUUGGGUGUCUAUCUCACUGGUGUUGUUGCCCACUCUGUAGCCUGUUUGGUUGGUAGUUGUAUCUGGGUCUGCACCCUGUCCUGUUGCAAUGCUGUGUGAGAGCAGUGCCGCUCCCUCCUGUCCUGAGCAUGGUACUAAAACUUACUCUUAAUUCUCUUCACUAUUAACAUAUUAUUAUACUGUACCAGGGAGAGGCACCUUACAGUAAACAUGGCAUAGAACCAUUUCAUUUGUUCAAAGCUUAUUUCACUAUAUAAAGUCCUUGGGGAUCCUCUUUUGUUCAGAGCAUCUUUGUGGGGGAUGAUUCAUUGGGAUCUUAAUUAGGACCUUUCCAUGCUUUUGUUUCCGCAUCACCCUUGCUGUUGGAGGGUUAGGUAUAGUUCAGUGGUGCACUAGUAUGAUUUGUUUGACAUCACCACAUCAGUACUAUCUCUGUCACUCUUUGGUGACUGUUAUCUCUGCGCAGUGAGUAAAGUGCGGAUGGUCUUUCUCCCCUCCCUCUCCUUCACUCUCUCUCCCCCUCUCCCCCCUCUCUCUGCUCUGUUUUCUCUGGCUUGACCACUCAUGUUGGUGGGGCAGUGUGACCACGUCCCCCCCAGCCCCUCUCCGUGCCUGCCCCCCUCUCGCCGAGGACGAACAGAACCUGUACAGCGCUAGCGGCGUUCUCUCUUUCAUCCAGUCCACCACGCGCCGGGCCUACCAGCAGGUCUUGGAGGUUCUGGACGAGAACCACCGCAGGUGACCCCAUGACCCCUCCUCUUAAGGUCAUCUCUAGGCUGACCUCUCCCACUCUGCUCACCGUGCAGAGAUUAACCCCUCAAAUCAAUACAAUACAAUUGUAUUAAUCCUCUCUGAGGCAAUGAAGUCCCUGCUGUUGUCUCUUUCGCAUGGACAGGGUCAUCAAAUCAGUUUUUGGCGGUUGGACAAUUGAAAAAAUUGUAUCGUAUAAUUUGGACAUUUGCUCAAUGAACAAAAUUAUUUGUCUUGACCAUAUUUUGAUAAUUUAUUUUGGGGCAAUGGGUAGGGAACAGCUGGUAAUUUGUAACACUCAUUAACACUAUUAAUAUGUCAUAAUGUAUAUUUAUUUAUCAUUGCAAAUCAAGAUUGACUUUGCCUGAUGUGCUGUUAUCGAGCUGUGGCCUCGCUCAGUGCUUGGCUGAAUUGGUUAAGAGGAGAGUAGUGUGUAGAGCAGUAGUGCUCUUCUUGCUCUAUCCUUGUGCUGUAAGGACAUUAUCAAGCAUUGUCAACAGCCAACCUAUAUAGUGAUAUGUAUUGUCUACUCUCUGAGGAGAAGUGUAUUGGAGAUGAAAAUAUUGGUACUCUUAAAGAGGUCUGUUUUACACUGUAUGAUCAAAGUCAUGAGACAUUGGAACUAUGAAUUUCAAGAGUGAGUGUGAGAGACUUUGGGAUUGUAUGUGUGAGACACUGUACUUUGGUGUGCUGCUCUAUCUCUCUAUUGCUUCCUCUCUCCGUUUCUGCCCUCUUCAGUAAGCCAUCGCUGCGAGGGGGGUCUGCCUCGACCUCUAACCCCGUGCAUGAAUCCAGGUAACUCCACCUGGCACAUAGACUUCACCUCUCUCUCUCUCUCUCUCCCUUCUUUUUCCUCCUCUCCCUUUCCUUUCAUCAUAUAGGCUAUAGUUCUUGUCAGAAGAGGAUGAGUGUUGCUGUCAAUGUUAGUUGAAAAGAUAGUUGGGCAAUGAGUAAUGCUGUCUAUUGAGCUAUUGUCAAUGUAUUUAUAAUAGACAAUAGUUGAUUGACAAUCUGUCUUUUACAUCAAAUCAUUGAUCAUUUAAGCUGAGAACUUCAUUGUCAUAUUAUGAUCAACGAUCAGAAAUAUCAUCAUGCCUGAUCCAUGAUAGAAAUGGCUAACCAGGAUGUGUUUGGUCUAUUUCUCUUCACCCAAGGCUUGCCCUGGCCACUCUAGACACUACUCUGGAUGUCUCCAUGGCUCCUGAUGACAUGGCUGUCGUAGAUGCAGCAACACUUCGACGUCAGGUCUGCUCCUAAUACAUUUAGACUGUACUGUACUUCUAUGGAAGGUAUAUCAUUAAGCCCACAUGUUGAUGUGAUUUUCAUUGGUGUGCCUGUAGAUCAUCAAGCUGAACCGGAGACUCCAGCUCAUAGAAGAGGAGAACAAGGAGAGGGCCAAGCGUGAGAUGAUCAUGUACUCCGUCACCGUAGCCUUCUGGCUUAUAAACAGCUGGGUUUGGUUUCGCCGCUAGAACCCUUUCCUCGGAACCACUGCCAGAGAGUGGAGAACAAAGCAUCUCCCCUCCCCUUCUAUGUGUCAAAUGUUAGCAAAAUGUACUCUCUGCACUUAGUCCCAGCACUGGAUGGCCUUGCUAUUGGGCAAUGGGAUAUUUGUUUUCAUUUAUUUUAUUUAUGUACUUGUACAUUUUUUAUUUUUUUCAAUGCUAUAUUAAUUGUAUUUUUUUGCUUAAGAAGCAAAGCUUGACAUAUGCUGUAAAUAUUUAUUCAUGUUACUCAAAGUUGUAAUCAUUGCUUCUGAGGUAUUUCCAACAGAUGAGAGGUCUAAAGAAAAGGAAAAAAUAAGCCACGGUGGAGACGCAUCAAAAUGGGCUACAUAUGUUAACUAUUUAUUUGGGAGUGAUGUGAAAAGAUUAAAACAUGUUGUGAAGUAUUGUAAGAUAAUACAUAAUGUGAAAUGUAUUGGUUUAAUUGAUGUAUAAUACUGCAAGGAAAUAUACAGUCACACCAUUGCUAUUACACCAUUUGAUUCAUUAUGUAUGGGCCAUAUCCACCAAGCCUUAGGCAUGAGAUGCUUUUUGUCCUCUCAUAUUUUAUCUUCAGUUCCUACCUUUUUUUUUUUUUACCAAGAACUUGCUGGCUGGAGCACAUUUCCAAAUUGGUUGUAGUUUUCAGUCACAAUAUACCAGCAUAUUAUGCUGAGAUUCAUACAGUUUUAUUUGAAUAAAUUACAAAAUAGCUAAUUGUGAUGUUUGAGUUUAGUUAUAUUAGUUGUUACCGG